AUACCGAUAACACACCCCCAAAUUGUUUGUCUCUAAAAAAAAAAAAAUAAAACAAGAAUUAAAUAUUAAAUUGCCGCAUAAAACGUGUUAAGCUUAAUUAGAAUGAGCACACCCGCUAAAAAUAAUGGCACGGGACUCGAGGACGUUAAUAUACCGGGGCAGGCGUAUUUGCGCGAGGCCCUCACCUCCUGCACGGACCCGCUGAAGGCAAUUGAGAGUUUUCAGCUGGAGAAUGGGGUGCUGUUGCCGUCGUUACGCCCCAUGCUGCCGCUGCUCGACCUCCACGGUGUGCGGCGUUUGGAUUUCCACACGUCGCUGAUGGAGGAGCUGCGCGACAAGCUGAUUGCCCACAUCAACGAGCUAGGCCAGAAGGAGCCCCGGGAGCGGGACAAGAAGCUGAAGGAGUUGCUGGUGAAGAGCUUUCCCGUCGUGCGGGUCAAGUCGCUGCGUCCGGUGGUGAUGGCCAUCUUGAGGAACACCCAGCACAUCGAUGACAAGUACCUCAAGAUUCUGGUGCGCGAUCGGGAACUGUACGCCGACACGGACACGGAGGUGAAGCGCCAGAUCUGGCGGGACAAUCAGUCGCUGUUUGGCGACGAGGUCUCGCCCCUGCUCUCGCAGUACAUCCGGGAAAAGGAGCACAUUCUAUUCGACCACACGAACCUCAACAACUUGUUUUUCCAUCCGACGCCCAAGGUGCGCAGACAAGGCGAGGUGGUGCAAAAGCUGGCGAACAUGAUCGGGACCAGCGUGAAGCUGUACGACAUGGUGCUGCAGUUCCUUCGCACACUGUUCCUGCGCACCCGCAAUGUCCACUAUUGCACGCUGCGCGCCGAGCUGCUGAUGGCGCUGCACGACCUGGAGGUGCAGGAAAUCAUCUCGAUUGAUCCCUGUCACAAGUUCACCUGGUGCCUGGAUGCCUGCAUCCGUGAGAAGAAUGUGGACAUCAAGAGAUCGCGCGAACUGCAGGGAUUCCUCGACAACAUUAAGCGCGGCCAGGAGCAGGUGUUGGGCGAUCUCUCGAUGACCCUCUGCGAUCCGUAUGCCAUCAACUUUCUGGCCACCUCGGCGAUCAAGAUUCUACACCAUCUGAUCAACAACGAAGGCAUGCCGCGGGACAAUCAAAUUCUGAUACUCCUGCUGCGAAUGUUGGCUCUCGGUCUCAGUGCCUGGGUGAUGAUCGACUCGCAGGACUUUAAGGAGCCGAAGCUAGACUGUCAGGUGGUCACCAAAUUUCUGCCCGCCCUCAUGUCGCUCAUGGUGGACGAUCAGUGUCGCAGCCUGCAUGGUAAAUUGCCGCCGGAUGAGCGUGAGUCCGCAUUGACCAUCAUUGAGCAUUCGGGUCCGGCGCCCGAUGCCGUUGAGGCGUACAUCCAGGAGAGUGCGGUAUCCAGCAUUCUGGCCAUGUACUAUACCCUGCACACGGCCCGCCUCAAGGAUCGUGUGGGUGUGCUGCGCGUCCUGGCCAUACUCUCCGCCUGCAAGGAUCAUCGCGCCUACGAGGAUCCCUUCCUACACUCCCUGAUUGCUCUGCUCAUUCCGAUGAGCGAUGAGUUCUCCACCGAGGACUUUUGCACCACGCUCUUCGAUGAGUUCAUCUUUGCGGGUCUCACGCGCGAGAAUGUCACCUCGAGGCACAUGCUGAAGCUGCUGUGGUAUGUACACAACAAGCUGCCCUCCUGCCGUUUGGGCACACUGAUGAAGGCCAUGCAGCCGACGACGGCACACAAUGAACAUGUGCAUAAGCUGUACGAAACGCUGACGGAUCGGAUUGCGGCGGGCACACCAGAAACACCGGUGGUGGAGGCACCGCCAGCGGACUUUGAUUCGCCAUUGAAGUCAGUGCCAACGCCAGGACCGCAUUACAAUGCGCAAUAGCCAGAGGCCACGGUGGUCGCGGUAACAGCGGCUGUCGUCGGAUGAUGGACAAUUAAUGCUCUCGCAAGAGUGUUACACGAGAUAAUUCUAACAGCAGAUAGAUGAUGUAGUUUACAGAUAGAGACACAGAGAGAGAGAGAGGGAGAGAGAGAGUAUUAGCCGUAGAAUGUUUUUUUGUACUGAUUUCCCGAGCCGUCUCCUGGGUUUAUCCUUUUAUCCUAUUUCAAUUAUCAAUCAUACAUUAAUAGCCCAUGUCCGCCAUAUGUCUGUCUGUUUUAGAGAACUAAAGCGGGAGGGAGGCUUCUUCUGCUUCAGAUUCAGGCUCAUAUCACAAUAUAUACACACAUCUAGCAGUUGCCUUAAAACAAAAAUAAGAAAGCAAUCAAACAAAUUGUAGUUAAAUAUUAGA